AUGAGCCCGAGAUCUCACGUAUGUCGAUACCUGUCACAGCAUACCACUCGUUGUAUCGCAAUUGAUGGUAUACGCUUUGUGAUCGACAGUGGUAAAGUUGAAGAGCUGAGUGUGGAUGCGGGAAGCAGUACUAGGCGAUUGGCAGAGCAAUGGAUAACACUGGCUAGUGCUGAUCAACGGAAGGGCAGAUCUGGCCGCACGGGGCCUGGACAAUAUUACAGGAUGU